UCGUUGUUUCCGGUUCCCGCCUUUCUUAGUUGUAUACAUACGCGUAUAUGUUUCGAUAUCUCUUUGAGAAUUUUUUUACUUGGUAAUUCUCUUUAUAAUAAUUUGUCAUAAAAGAAAACAUGAAUAAAAUGAGUCGAAAACCGUUUUCUGUCCCAUCUGCGGCAAAGAAACCUAAAUUUAGAAAUGAGGAUACAGAGAAACCUAGUUCGUUUGAAGAAGAACUAGCUGUUAUGGAUUAUAUAAAUGAUGAUGAUUUUCCAGAUGAUGAGACAAUAGUAGUUGGAGAAGGACCUGAGCAAGAAAACACAUCAGCAAAAUGGAGCAGAGCUCCUCCGCCACCUUUGAAUCCACAAAUUAAUACAUUAACAUUUCAGCAGAUAGAAAUUGAUCAUUACAUAGGUAAACCACUCCCCGGAAUGCCAGGAAGUAAAAUAGGUCCUGUACCUGUAAUGAGAAUGUUUGGUGUUACAGAACGAGGAAAUUCUGUGUGUUGCCAUGUUCAUGGCUUCUGUCCCUAUUUAUUUGUUACAGCACCACAGAAGUUUACAAAUAAUCACUGCCAUCCAUUUAAAGAAGCUCUAAAUCAAGCUGUAAAGAAAGAUAUGAAGUCUAAUCCAGAUAACAUUCAAGAAGCUAUUUUGGCAGUUGAGCUAGUUUACAAACAAUCAAUGUAUGGAUAUAUUGGAGAUGAUAAAUUGCCAUUUUUGAAGAUUACAGUGGCAGUACCAAAAUUGAUUGCACCUUGUAAAAGAUUGUUAGAACAUGAAACCAUUUACACAGUAUUUGAUCAUAAUUACAAGGCAUUUGAAAGUAACAUUGAUUUUGAUAUCAGGUUUAUGGUUGACACGUCAGUGGUCGGCUGUUCGUGGAUUGAACUGCCACCAACAAGUUGGAAAUUACGUGGUCAGUACGGACAUAUGUUAGAGCUGACUACACGAUGUCAGUUGGAAGUAGAUGUUGCAUGGGAUGCCUUUAUAGCUCAUGAACCAGAAGGAGAAUGGUCAAAAAUAGCUCCAUUUAGAAUUCUCAGUUUCGAUAUUGAAUGCGCUGGACGCGAAGGUAUUUUCCCAGAAGCAACUCACGAUCCCGUGAUACAAAUUGCUAAUAUGGUAAUAAGACAAGGCGAGUCUGAGCCAUUUUUACGAAACAUUUUCACUCUCGGUACCUGUGCUCCUAUCGUUGGUUGCCAAGUACUAAGCUAUGACAAAGAAAGUUUAAUGUUGGAGAAAUGGGCUGACUUCGUGCGGCAAUUAGAUCCUGACAUUUUCACAGGCUAUAACAUAAAUAACUUCGAUUUUCCGUAUCUAAUCAAUCGCGCCCAACAUCUUAAUGUUAAAAACUUCAAUUUUCUCGGUCGAAUAAAGAAUAUAAAGUCUGUUGUCAAGGAUCAUAUACUGCAAAGUAAACAAAUAGGUCGUCGUGAGAACAAAUCAACUAAUUUUGAAGGACGAGUGCCAUUUGAUUUAUUGUUGGUAUUGAUCCGAGAUUAUAAACUAAGAUCCUAUACGCUAAAUGCAGUAUCAUAUCAUUUCCUUCAAGAACAAAAAGAAGACGUUCACCAUAAAGAUAUUACAGGACUACAGAACGGAAACGCGUUGACACGUCGACGUCUCGCUAUAUAUUGUUUGAAAGACGCGUAUUUGCCGCUUAGAUUACUAGAUAAGUUAAUGUGUAUAAUUAUUUAUAUGGAGAUGGCAAGAGUUACAGGAGUUUCCAUUACUAGUUUAUUAACUCGUGGGCAACAAAUCAAAGUUAUUUCUCAACUUCUACGUAAGACCCGAGAAAAAGACUACUUGAUGCCGGUGCACCAAGGUCAUGGUUCUGAUGAGCAAUUCGAAGGAGCUACUGUUAUAGAACCAAAACGUGGUUACUACAACGACCCAAUAGCUACUUUAGAUUUUAGUUCUCUGUAUCCUAGCAUUAUCAUGGCGCACAAUUUAUGUUACACAACAUUAUUAAAUUAUUCUAAAAAGAGGGAACUUAAUAUUCCGGAAGACGAAGUCACCAUAACCCCGACUAAUGUACUUUUUGUCAAGAGUUCUACAAGAAAAGGGAUUCUUCCUGAGAUCUUGGAGAACUUAUUGACAGCCAGGAAAAAAGCAAAAGCAGAAUUGAAGCAAGAAACAGAUUCAUUGAAACAAAAAGUGCUCGAUGGUAGACAAUACGCUUUGAAAGUGUCAGCAAAUUCAGUAUAUGGUUUUACGGGUGCGCAAGUAGGAAAAUUACCAUGCUUGGAAAUAUCCGCUAGCGUCACCGCUUAUGGACGUACUAUGAUAGAGCAUACAAAGCAAGAAGUGGAAGACCACUUUCGAAUAGAAAACGGAUACAAAAAUGAUGCAUUAGUCAUAUAUGGCGAUACUGAUUCCGUUAUGGUAAAAUUUGGCGUGACGUCUAUAGAGGAUGCGAUGAAGCUCGGUAAAGAGGCGGCAGAUUACGUGACAUCCAAGUUCAUCAAGCCUAUAAAGCUCGAGUUCGAAAAAGUGUAUUUCCCCUAUCUUUUAAUUAACAAGAAACGUUACGCCGGUCUGUACUUUACGAAACCUGAUAAAUAUGACAAAAUGGAUUGCAAAGGUCUUGAAACAGUUCGUAGAGAUAAUUGCCCGCUAGUCGCAAACAUGAUGAAUACUUGUCUACAAAUAUUGUUGAUUGAAAGAAAUCCUCAUGCAGCGGUGGAUUAUGCUAAACAAGUUAUAAGCGAUCUUCUGUGUAAUCGUAUCGAUCUCUCUCAAUUAGUCAUCACAAAAGAAUUGACAAAAACGGAUUAUGCAGCAAAGCAAGCACACGUUGAGCUGGCGGCGAAGAUGAAGAAACGAGAUCCUGGAAACGCGCCGAAACUUGGCGACAGAGUAGCGUAUGUGUUCACAAGCGCAGCCAAAGGCACUCCAGCCUAUCAGAAAGCGGAAGAUCCCGUUUACGCGUUGCAGAACAGCAUCCCAAUAGACACGACUUAUUAUCUAGAGAAUCAAUUGGCGAAGCCUCUCGUGCGCAUCUUCGAGCCCAUCCUUGGAGAAAAGGCAGAGUCGCUUCUUCUGAAAGGAGAUCAUACGCGGACAAGAUGUAUUGCCACUUCACAAGUUGGAGCGCUCGCAGCCUUCACGCGCAAAAAGGAAACCUGUUUAGGCUGCAAGUCCGUAUUACCGCCGGAGAGGGAGAAAAAGGCGGUGUGUAAGCAUUGUGAAUCUAAAGAGGCCGAACUGUUCCACAAUGAAUUGCAGGCUCAACACAAACUGGAAGAGAAGUUUGCUCGGUUAUGGACGGAAUGUCAAAGAUGUCAAGGGAGUCUUCAUCAAGAAGUUAUAUGUUCCAAUCGUGACUGUCCAAUAUUUUACAUGAGAGUAAAAUCUCGAAUGGAUAUGGCUGCAAAAGUUAAACGGAUUCAAAGGUUCGGCAUUCCAGACUGGUAACAAAAGAAGAACAAUCGUAACUUCUGUCACGUUAAAUGCAUUUGACAACCAGUCCAUUGCUUGGUCAAGACCUUCGCCUUUUGUUGCCGAAGUUUUAAAUAUUUGGAAGGUUCUAUUUUUCAAAGC